AAAAAAAAUAAAUUUUAAGUGAAAAAAAAAAUAAUUAAAAAAAAAAAUCAUGAAAGUUUUAACAAAUUUGAUGCUUCUCUGUCUUCUUGCUCUCGCAAUUAUCCUUCCAGCGAUACAGGCAAAACCAAAUCCCGGCCCCCGACCCGUGCACAAGACAAAAAUUCGGAUUCACGUUCCGGUGAAACAUCAUACGCACACGCAUGUCAUUACAAAAGUGAAGAAGAUCCAUGUGGCAGUGCCGGUUAAAGAAGAACAUCCGAGUGCCCAUGAAAUUUUGGAUGACUGGAGCAGUGGAUGGGCCAAGAAAAAGAGCUCACAUAAAAAGUAUCAACGUUACACCGAUAUAGAUGCUUAAGACUUUUUUAGAUUGUAAGAAAAAUGCACCGAAUUUUGUUGUUGAGAAUAAUUUUAA